AUGGGGUCAAGCGAAGAUGACGAAACUCUCAAAAUUUUAGCUUCGAUUCGAAUUAGCAAGCUGAUUGACGAUGUUCAAUUGAAGUAUCUAGCUCAACAAGGAGAAAAGGGAUACCUGGAGCGUGUAAUACGCGAUGUUUUAAAUACAGUGUUUGAUCUCAGUCGUCGUUCAGUACUGGAUCCUGUCAAGCACACAUUGGUGUCCUACUGCUUGAAUCCAUGCUGCAACAUGUCAAUUCAAUCGUUGCUUCAUGUGUUAGCUAACCUAGGACCUACUCAAAGUCGAGUUCAUGGAGUGGAACACGCUCAGUCUAAAAAAGUUCCUGUUGCUUUGCAGGUCGAACUAUUGAGCCAAAUUGCAACUAGAAUUGAAUUUUUUGCAACUGCAAUUCAAACACAUUCCUUCAUUGUUUUGCCUAUCCUAAUAAAACUAAUGGCGUAUGAAUUCUUGCGGGACCACGUUUCAAGUUUGGUUAUUUUUAUCUUCUUGCACAACAACUCACCAGAACUAAUAACCUUCAAGAACAGGAAGCAAGAGGAUGAGUUUUAUUUUACUACUAGAUGGGAAUCUAACUGGAUCAGAGGCUUAAAAGUCAAAUUCCCUGCAGAUUCAAACUUGCGACGUUUAAUUGAAGUGAUUGAAGUGACUACUAGUGCGAAGCCACUUUCUCUGACUCUAUGCACAAUUACUGGGAAGGGUAAAACUGGCAUAUUAUGUUUGGGGACAGGGGAAGAAAACGUUAAACGCAGAAAGAAGAAUUCUGAUUCGAAAGGCAGCAUGACUCGAGACAUGAUGAGUAGCUGGGUACCCAUUGGUACACCCAGUAACCACUUGGAAGCUUCACAAAAGAACUCGUUUGCCAUUCAGCUAUGUACAAAUAAGUUGAAUCUAACUGACGUCGAUAAUUAUUUGAAGAUUACCUCCUUCCAGAACAAAGAUUUUUUGAACCAUUGGAUUGUAAAUGUUUUAUGGCACUUUCGACGCUUUAAUAAAGACAAUUUUAGUAUAGGCCUGAUUAAUGAAUUCGUGUUAAAUUUGAACCAUCAAAAAACCUGGUCUCAGCUGUUCCACAGGAGGAUCAAAUUCAUACGACUAGUGCAGGCAAACGUCGAUGAAUUGCGGUCAAUGAUUAUCAAUGACCAGGUAAAUUUGGAAGCAAACUAUUCCCAAAAAGGGAACCCUUAUUAUCUGCAUUUGAGUGAGGAAUAUCUCAAAGAAAUAUUAUUGUUACUUGAAGUAAGUAUGCUGAGAAAUCCCGAGAUUUUGACAGAGAUAUCCCCCCUAUUAUUACAACUUACUACUCAGUUCAGCCCCUGGAUUGGCGGUACGGUGGUGAGAAAAAUACUCUUGUUAUAUAGAAAACAACGGGAAGCAGAUAUUUCACUCAGUACUAGCAUUGCAGUGCCACGUUGCGUCGUCUACUUCCUGUUGCUACAUGGUGAUUUGAAUGUAUUGGACGAAAUUUGUUUCCACGUUGCUGAAGAGAAAAAGCUUCAUUACACUAGCGACAAAUUGCGAAGGAUGCAAAACUCUUUGACCAUGGAUUUCGUAAAUAUGGUUUGGAGAGGAAAGUUCCUCAGUUUCAAUCGGCGACAGGAUUCCCCACAUAAGGCACUUUUUCUCAACCCUUUCUUAUUGCCGAAGUUGGCGCACAACACUUGCAUCUCCAGCAGUGAACUUGACGAUAUCGGGGGAAUUUUGAUGAGUCCUACCUUUGUUUUCACUGCAACUAAAAUUUUGCGACAUUUGGAAGAUCAGCAUAACCUUGAUGUGCGAAUUGAAGGUCCCUUAACCGAAGAGAAUGUAACUUCGAUGCGGGCAGAUGAACGAACUGAGUGGUUACCCUUAACUCGGGAACAAAUCAAGCUUGAAAUCCUAAAGGUCCUCGAUCUGAGAGGUUUUACGGGUAUUUGUGAUAUGAUGUUCAAGUCUUUGAAGUCAUUGUCAGGAGCAAGAGGGAAUUAG